UCCCGUAAGGAAAUCUGCAAAGGAAAGUGUUCUCCUUUAACUGCAGAGGUCUCCACAUCCCCUCACACACCUUUACCAGCCUGUGGUUCCUUCCUACAGAGAGCAAGAGGCGGAGGAGAGGAAGGAGAUCGUAGAUACGCAUCCUUGUUGAAGUCAAUGAGAACUUCUCUUCGGAGGAAACGGGCGUUUGUGAAGGAGCUUCAGGACGUUUGGAGAUCUCAGAGAUGCUUUUGAUGGUCUCAGCCGGCGAUAUCGCUCCGUUCAUGUUCAGAACAAAACUGAGAGACCAUUUCAAUGACUCAAUGUGCUCGUUUUGAGGAGCAAAGGAGACGUUUCUGUAGGAUUUUCAGUCCGGAGACGUGAUGUCUGCCAGCGCUCGUGCCCUUCUCUUAGUAUUGCUGAGUGUGCUUCAGGCAAAUGGCCAGACGGAGAUGAAGAGGGUGGUCGGAGACAAUGCCACACUGCCUUGCCACCAUCAACUGUGGCAAGCCGACAUCUCCCUGCUGGACAUUGAAUGGAUGCUGCAUAAAUCCAGCUCCCGGCAGACAGUGUUGAUCACGUACUUUGCGGGUCGGAUCUAUGCCCCCAACGAGAGCGAAGAUGGGCGGCUGUCCCUAGCGGGCGACUAUCUAAAGGGUGAUGCUUCGCUCACGAUCAGUGACCUCUCGCUCACAGACUCCGGAGAUUACAUCUGCAAGGUCAAGAACGGCGGGAAGUACUACUGGAACACAGUCAAACUCAUCGUGCUCUUGAAGCCUUCCAAACCACGCUGUUGGAUGGAGGGUCGUCUGCUGGAAGGAAGUGAUGUCAGACUGAGCUGCAAGUCCACAGAUGGUUCUGACCCGAUCAGCUACAAAUGGGAGAGAGUCUUGGACAAGGGAAAAUACGUUGGCAAGCUCCCACCUCUGGCCCUCAUUGAUCUGAAGAACACUGAGAUUGUUACGCUGAAAAAUCUGACGAGGGAAAGCGCGGGUGUCUAUAAAUGCACCGCCAGCAAUGAUGUCGGAGAAGAAAACUGCACUUUAGAGGUCAAAGUUCACUAUGUCCGUGGAAUGGGCGUGGUGGCUGGUGCCGUGGUGGGUGUGUCCUUCGGCGUUCUCCUCAUUAUCCUCAUCGUCUGGCUUGUUUUCCGCAAGAAAGAGAAGAAGAAAUAUGAGGAGGAGGAAGCGCCCAAUGAAAUAAGGGAAGAUGCGGAAGCUCCCAAAGCCAAACUGGUGAAGCCAAACUCUCUCUCCUCCUCUCGCUCCGGUAGUUCUCGCUCCGGGGCCUCCUCCACUCAAUCUAUGGUGCACAACAGCGCCCCCCGUGGGCCCAGGCCUCGACUGCCCGUGGUGGCUGCCCUUAAAGAAAGCGGGCAGCCUGAAAACUUCCCUUCAGUACCACCGCCGUACAACCAUGUAGUCCCCAAACCUCCGGAGCCCAGCAGUAGCCCCAAACUCAGCCCGGCAAAGCUCAACCCAGGAAACCUGGCGAGGAUGGGCGCCACACCGGUGAUGAUCCCCGCGCAAACCAAGGCAUUCCAGACUGUGUAGGAAUAAAAAAAAAAAACCCACAUAAACACACACACACACACAAACAAAUAAAUACACACACCGCAGCAAGCAUCAACUCCCACAUCUGGUAUCUGGAGCAUUCCCAAAGGAUUUCCCAUUCCCUGCGGAAAACCCAGGUGGUCAGGCCUUUUGUUUCAACACAUUUGACUCUGUUGGAAAAUAAAUGCUUUUGUUGUUUUUAUGUGCACACUGAAGUGGAAUGAGACCCCUCGUGGAGAGUAUGUAUUUUUAAAGGGUAAAAAAGGGGGGUUUGGAUGUGAGGGCUGUGCCUUGUGUUGUUAUGGUGGUUUGAGCAAACAAAAGAGGCAGAUAUGAACAGAGAUUCAGCUCUGCCUUUACCCAGACAGACAGCCUGUCUACCUGACCACACACUUCCUGUCCUCGCUGGGUUUGAGCUGACAGCUACAGGACUGGAGGAGAAACUCACAUAAGCGGACUCUUUCCGGCACCUGCUCGUCCGCCCCUACGAGGAUUCACAUCUGCCACUCAUUUCCUCAGCCAAUCAGCAUUUGCCAGGCAGCCCAGCAGGUAUCACACCUCAACAGCCAAUGGCAGGUCACCUGCUGGGCGCAGACGCUACGAUUGGCCCAGAACGAGGAGAAAUCAACACACUACGAUAUAAACAAUGACAGUAAAUUUGUUUAUUCCUCAUUAGAGCUAUAAAUAUUCCAUAUGAAUAGACGUAUUCCAUAUUUAACAGGUAUUUAUAGGAAUUCCAUAUAAAGAUAUUUCAGUUAAAGUAUCUAACAGCAUUCGUAAUGUGUGUGCACAAUCCCUUUAAAUCAUUCACUCACAUUUUUCAGGAUAAUGCAUACAGUAUCUUCAGUAAUGAGGUUGAUUGUCUCAAUGGAGAAAUGGUUUGGCUCGGCUUUGGCUCCUGGUAUUUGCAAUUGAAAUCAGAUGUCUGGUUGGCGCAUCCCAUUGGAUGCAAGUAUGAUGAGGUUGGGUCAGGCUUAUUCAGUGCUGGUUUAUUUAGAUCUGAAGUGUCUAACCGAUUAGGAUGAAACCGACAAUUAGCCCACACACAAUCUGACUGCGUGGAAAGCACUAGUUCUACAGAAUUCGAACUUUUUUGACUCUAAGGCCCCCAAUUAUCCAAAACAAUUUAAAGCUAUUUCUGCUUGUUUUUAGUGCUGUAAAACGAUUAAUCAAGAUUAAUUGCAUCCAAAAUAAAAGUUUUUUUUAAAUAAUAUGUGUGUACUGUGUAUAUUUAUUAUGUAUAUGUAAAUACACACACGUGCAUGUAUAUAUUUGACAAAAAUAUAUUUAUAUAUAAUAUAAAUUAUAUGUAAAUAUGUUUAUAUACAUGUAUACAUGUAAAUAUUUCUUAAAUAUAUACAUGUAUGUGUGUGUAUUUAUAUAUGCAUAAUAUACACAGUACACACACAUAUAAACAAAAACGUUUAUUUUGGAUGUGAUUAAUCGUGAUUAAUCGUUUGACAGCACUACUUGUUUUAAAAUGUUUUAUUAAAAUAAACUGGAAGUUGAUGUGUUCAGUUGAAUUAAUCAACUACGAUUAAUAUUGUGAUUCAAGAAGAUAUAAGAUUCUUCAAUAAAAUACGUUCUUCAACAAAAACAAUAGUUAUUUAGAGGGAAAAAUAAAAUUUCAGUUUACAUUCUUUGUGUGUGUGUGUGUGUGUGUGUGUUUAGCAUUUUAAUUAAAACUAGAUUUCAUUUUAAAUAUAUUUAAAUCAUCCUGUGCCUCUUUUGGAAGUUUGCUUAGGCCACUGCUCUAUGUUACCCUUAACAUUUGUGUAUUUUUUUUUUAUUAAAUAUUAUGGCUAAUUUGCUAAUGCUUUCAUCUACCAAUAAGAAUGUAGUGCUUUCUGCUCAGUUUAAUACAUUUGGUCAUGUUUAAAUCGUUUUCAAAAAAUCAUCUCAGAAAAUGUGAAAAAAAAAAGUUUGCAGAUUUGAUCUGGGCCUGCGAUUGAGCUUUGAAUGUGUUGUAUAGCUGGCUAUUUUGUGCUUUUUUCCUCUUUUCAACCAUUUAUUUUUAAGAUUAAUUUGAUUUUUUGCUAUUUAAGCAAAAUACACAACAUAGUAACUGCAGUAGGUUAGAAGCUUUAAAUUCUUGGGUGCAGAUUUAUAUAUAUUAAUCAUUUUUGUAUCCUAGUUGUAUUCCGAUUACACUAAUGCCAUUGCAAAUGUAUUUUCUCUGUUUUUCAGUUGUUUUCCCCUCUUAUAUUUCAAUGUUUGAUGAAUUCUAAUGCUCAGAGAUGCAUUCAUACCCAGAAUCAGCUGCAUAAAUGUGCUUUUCGAGUCCCCAUUAAACAGCAGGGGGCCAUAACAUGAAUUCCUCCCCUCUUGUUUUUUUACGUCUUCAGAAGUGAAUUAGAUGGUCGAACAAGAUGUCAGAAAAUAUUCAAAGUGACAGGUCACCCUUAAGGACAGAACAAUGUCUUCUUGCCGGAUAAUCAGGGAAUAACCGUCUCUGCAUGGAACAAGACUUGGAUGUCAAUGCUCCAGAGGUAAAGAAAUCAACGGCUGACGUUAUUUAUCUAAAUCCAAUCCUUCACAACUCUUAAGGCCAGUGCAAAAGACAGUGCACCCAGUUCCAUUGAUUUAGCUUCAACCCACAGCCCGGUCGAUUCCCCGGCUUUGAAGUCUCUUUCCACACGCGGGAAACGUGAGGAAAUGAAGUAGGUAAUAUUAAGUACUUCCUCGCAACCCGCUGUUCUUGUUCGGCUGAGUCUGCUGUUGAUAUGUGCUGAGACGCAUGGUUCAGUUGAGUUUGUGUUCGGCCAGUCACGGCUGAACAGUUUGAAUGCUGAGCUCUAAUGUUAAACAUCCUGCAUACAAUUGCUUGAGAGAAUGUGCAUCUAAACACUAUUGGCAAUGGACCUGCAUGACAAUGAUAGCUAGAGAAAGACGAGUAUUUUGGCUCGGUGCUAAUAUCAGUAGCAUUAUAUACUAAGAAUCGCAUUAUAAAAAGGAUUUUGGUUUAAAAUGUAAAAAAUACCUUUUGUAUUUAUACGUCAACUUUCAUUAUACCGAAUAAACAUUGAAUGAACUCAUUCUUGUCAAUGACUUUGCACUUCUGCAGCUGUAUACAGUAGUUUUGUUUGGUCAGUCUAGUGUUUCGACUGCAUGAGUAAGGAAACCAUGAGCCAUUCCCUCUGUCGCUAAUAUUUUUUAUUUUUAAGAUGGCUAUUGUUUGGACAAAUUACAAAAGACCUUGUACAUAUUUCCUCUCAUUUCAAAUGUAUAUUUGUACAGUAUCUUAAUGAUUUUCCUUUGGUUUGUAAUAAAGCAUUCAAUGGCAAGCCAAUGAAAA